GUAGGUUAAUCAAGCUUAGUUCAUUUUAUAGUUAUUGGGUACGAGUGUUUGCUGUUUUUUAGCUUUAUAACAACUUACAUUUAAUCCCUGGUCUCUCUCUUUUCCUGAUGACGUCACGAGUUAAUGCUACACUAGUAACUUAGUAAUUAACAUUUAUGUCAGGAAUGAAUUUUUAAGAGCUUCCACUUCUAUGAAGUAAUUCAAAUAGUAAAUAUUCGAGAAAGCAAGGUUUAUUCUUAAAGUGUAUAGAAAUAUCUAAAGUUAUAACUUGUAGAGUAAAUAAGACUAGCUAGUUUUCACUUAAAUUAAGUUGAAAUUUUGUCAUGAUAUACUAAAGGUGCCCAAUUAGCUUCAUAGACCUUAUUAAAAAUACAUUUUUUUGACAUGUAAAUCAACCAGUAUGCCGAGAAGAAAUAGAUGCAGAACUGUCAGUAGUGGAAGUUUAUGCACAAACGAAAUUAGAGUAAAGUUUUCUGGUUUUAAACCUGAAGAUGGCACCAUUGGUGAAACAAUAACUUUGCCUGCAUUAGAUGCAAUACCGUUAACUUCCGACAUCUUUCGACCAUCUUAUAUGAUCUCUAUUGGUGGAUUUCCUGCAGCUCUGUGUCAAGUAAUGCAGUCUUUAUACACCUCCACCUAUUUCCAUUCUUUCCAAUUUAUAAACGAGAAUUUGAUCAGUUUUAAAGUAGAAUGCGAAAGACAAACAAGAGACAAGAUCUCAAGUCAGGUUCAAGCUGGCGAGCUCAAAGGAAAGUUGAAGGAAAAGUUGAAUCAAUUGCCCCAAGAAAAUCUACAUUAUAGAUUACGCCUAUUCAACAUUAACUGCACUAUUGAUUCAGUUACACUUUUAAGUUCAACCUGGACGGAUGUAUCAUCUCCAUCUUGCAUUGAAACAUCGCCACUUCAUCAAAGAGAGCCAAGAAACAGAAGAUCUUUGUGUAUUGAUAACAGAGGAGGGAGUAUUGGAGAAGUCCAUGUACACCAUCAGUCAACAGAAGCUGUAAAAGUAAACAAGGAAGAAAUAGUUGGUAAAUUAAAAGAAUCUCUACAACAACACAUUGAUAUCAUAUCUUGCCAAAGAAAAUCUUCAAUAAGUCAAGGAAGUAGUCGACCACACAACUUUGUUGAUUUAAGAGUAUCUCCCCAACCCUUGUACACAUCAUCAGGCCCCACCACAACCAGGCAAGAUAUGUUGAAACUUCAUGAGGAUCAUCAUCCUGAUGUUAAGGUAGCUCACCUCUUCAAUGAAGCAGAAAAAAAUGCUGUAAAAGAAGCUGCACGGCAAUUUAUUGAUGAAAACUUGAAGAGAAAGUACAUUGCCACUCACUCGCGAUCUGUUAUGGUGGCUGGGCAAGCUGGAAUUGGUAAAUCAACUUUAGCCAUGCAAGCAGCUAAAAUUGCUUUAUCUAAAGAUGAAUAUGUUGUUUUUGUCAAGUUAUCUGAAGUUGGAACAUCACAUGUUUCUUUGGUAGAUUUUAUUAUAAACAACGCUGUGGAUAACAAAACAGUGUUUACUGAGGAUGAAAAAUCUGCUGUACAAGAUCUAUUGCUUACUGAUGCAUCUUUGUUUACUCUUAUCUUUGAUGGGAUUGAUGAGCUUGGUUUUGAUUUCAAACCAACUGAGAAUCCAAAGCAAUUCAGUUUCACAGAACCAACUGAAGCAUUGAAUCUUAUCAAGAGUAUUAUGAAAGGUGAAACCAUGCAGGAAGCUAGGAAGUUGUGGACAUCUAGACCUCAGCAUGCUCUUCAGAUCCAUCAGGAUUUAUGUCCAAUAACCGUCAUGCAUGCGUUGGGGUUGAGUGAUCAGUCUCAAUGUGUUCUUGGAGAAUCUAUAUGUGGUGAGACAAAGUGGGUGGCUGUGAAAAAGUUUCUUGACGACCAUCCUGAUAUACAAGCAAUGUGUUAUGUCCCUGUUUGGUGCAUUAUGACUUGCCAUGUCUUAAGUUCAAGUUUGGAUGGAACAAGCAGGUUAAACAUCAGCACCAUUACACAGAUUCUUACUACUACAUUGGACCUCUACAUCAGAUCAAGUCAUCUGAGGACACAAGAUCAUGGGAACAUCCUCCAGCUUGCAGAGCUCGCAUGGAAUGGUUGGAUCAACAAGAAAGUCAUCUUCGAACCGAGGGAUUUCAACAGAGCGAAAGUCUCACCUGAGAUAAAAGAAGCAUUCGUAAACACAGCUUUGAAAAGUGGGUUGAAUUUGCGAAUGGGUUUGUUGCAAGGUGAUCGACAAAGCUCGUUUGUGCAUCUUGUUUGGCAGGAGUUCUUUGCCGCACUCCAUAUGUGCACGCUACCAAAGCAGUCUUUUACUGAAAAGUUAGAAAAGUUUAACGACCAGCAUUAUGAGAUGGUAGCCAAGCUUGUGUAUGGAAUAUUCAAUCCUGUGAAUCUUAAGGUACUUCAUAUGAUUUUCCCAGAAGCUUUUACUGAGUGUAAGGAGAAGCAGGCUGCACUACAAGAGUUUGCUGGUGGUCAAAUAUGGCAGGAAGGAAACCAGAAGAAUGGUCAACUGUUAUCUGUGCUGAGCUGGGUUCAUGAAUCUGAGGAUAAUGAAACCAUAAAAAUGAUUUCAGAAGUUUUUCCUGAAGAGUUAAACUUCAGCACUGAGCCCGUGCAUGGCCUAAUGUUUACACCAAUGGAUGUGGUAAGCCUCUCCUACAUCUUCUCAAAGAACAACUUCAAUUUCUCCCAGAUCAGUGUUCGAAAUGUGCAGUUCAUGGGAAAUACAUUCGAUCUUUUUACAAAAGCAUUGGCAUGUGCUAAAAAGAUUGACAGCUUGGAUGUGAGUGGUGUUGCUAUGGGCAACGAAGGUGCUCGAUCUUUGGUUCAAUGUUUGGAGAAGAUCAAUAAGUUGGAGAUGUUGGGGUGUGGGGUGGGAGGAGGUGGGGUGAAGUACCUUGCAGAGAAGAUUAAAACAUUAAGCACUCCGAUGGAACUAUUGGAUCUAACUGGAAACAGGAUUGGAAACAACGGAGCAAAGAAGUUGUGUGUUUGUCUUCAUAAAGUUAGAUCCUUGUAUUUGGAACAAUGUGAACUGAGUGGAGAUGGAAUAAAACAACUCGCACAACGCAUACGGAGGCUUGAUGAACCGAUGGUUGAAUUACAUUUGGGGAGUAAUAACAUUGAAGAUGUAACUGAUGAUCUGUUGAGAUGCUUGCCAAAAAUAAACCAACUGCACGUGAAUGAAUGUACUUUACCACAUAUUAAGCUAUGAGCUUUUCAACAUGCCUUGUCUCCUGAAAUGCGGAAUGGAGUCAUCGGACUUGAAGCAAUAAAAUAUGAAUAACUUUAAUCAAGUGUAAGUUGUUUCUACUCUGAUGAGGUCACAUGGUAUGGCAGCAAAACUUUGUUGUCGGCAGUGAAUGAUUGUAACUUAUUUACCUUGCAUUAUGGGCAACGACAGUCAUUACAACACUGGUGUUCUGUUUCAUACACCUUGUGCCCGCUUACAAGUUACUGCAUAUAUAGCUUUGUGAGUGAUUGUUUUUCUGUAUAGCUGACAAUUUUCACAACCCAUUAGUGACCACCGAUUUAGUGUUUGCUAACAUUUUUAUUUGCUGGACAAGCAAUCCCUAAAAUAUAUUAUAUCUAGGAACUGAACAUAUGCUAUGUAGUUCAUAAAUUUAAAUUGUUUAGAAUUGUGUUAAUAAUUUUUUGGAAGAUUUUUUCAAUUGAAAUUUUGCAAACAGCUGUUGUCAUAAAUAAGGAAAUGAAUAUGUAAUGGUGUUGAUAGGACUUUUCAUUGAUCAAAGCUCUGUUUUUGUUUAUGUUUUAUCAUA